CUUUCAACUCUCGGAAGAAUUCGUGAGGUUUCGGUUCUAGUCAUAGCGAAGUGUCAUAAGGAAAUAUGUCGCGUGGAGCGGUUAUUGUUUUUGCUCUUAUUGUGUCGGUGUCCGGAAUAACCGCAGAAUUUAAUAUCGAUGUUCAAGACAUUUUGGAUUUUUACCGAAAUCAAGGGAACGUUGAAUUGAGCCAUUCUGUUGAAGACUACGUCGCAUUGAUUAGGGAUAUCAUUAUUGAAAGGAUUACCUGCGGUGAUUUGGAUAAUGGACAAAAUUGUGAAUGUCUCUCCUUUGGCAAUAUCCUGAAAAUCGUAAAAGGACGUUACAAUGACUCCACUAGUACAGAAGUUUUGAACCAACCAACGGAGCAAUUUCGCAAGAAAGAGCAAUUAGCUUUUGUUAGCGUCAUUAUUUUGAACUAUUUCCUUAGACAUGAAAACACUUGUAAUAAUAAUACUAUUCUUCUGGGAUAUAUUGGAGAUUGCCAAAUUUAUAACGAUUGCUGGACAAAAGUCUCUGCUCAAUUUUUGAACGAGAAGAAUGAUACGAUAACUGAUGAAAUUGCCGUUGAGAAAAUGUUAAGACAAGUGAAGUACGUGUAUGAACCUCUUCCGAAUAGAAAGUGUGUAAAUGCGGAAAAGAUUUUGGAAGGUGUUGAAGAAAGGGAACAUAAUCCUCUUAUGCUUCCCAAAGAAGUAUUAAUCUCGAUGAGAAUUUUAAGGACCAUUCUUUACGGAGAAUGUAUUGACGUUGAAGAUUCUGCAUCUGACUUCCUUGAUGACAUCUUCUUACACUAUGGUGAAAAUUGCAAUCGUAUAUUAACUAUGACAGGUUUUGCUAAGCUAUUGGAUGAUUUACAAAUGCAAAGACCAAGUCAACAUCUUGACCAUGAAAUGAAUUUAAGUUUUUGUAACAAAUCUGCAUGGAAACAUCUAUCAAGAACGACACCGAUGCCUCUCCCAACAGAAGAAAAGAAUGACACCUCAGAGUAUUUUGCCACUGGGACAAAUUCUGGAAGUGUUCACACAAAAGGAGAUAAAGACUUAUACGAAGCACUUCAACCUAGCAAUGAAUAUGAGAAAACUGAUGUUAAGAUUGUGACGGGCAAAACUAGCACAAACACGAACACUCAAGACAAAAAUUUAUAUUUAAAGGAACAAAAUGGCGAAAGCACAGUUCCAAUGGGAGGAAGCUUUGAGGUUGUUGAGAAUGGGCAAAGAACAGGAAGUAGUCGUAGAACCAGACAUACACCAAUAGUCCGGGAAGAGCCUGAACACAAGAAUUUGGCCAACGAAUGUUUGUCGCCAGAGGAGCUAGUUCAAAAAUUUCUAACAAAUAAAGACGUUAUUACAUCUGAUGAUUUUCUGCAAAUGUGUCCCGCUUUGGUUCAGCAGGCCGUCAGUGGCGUGUGUAAAUUUAGAGCUGAAAAUCCAAAACCAGCCCAAAACUUAACUUCCGAGAACUCGACAGUGUCUGUAACACCUAGCAAGAAAUCUUUCCGCACGCUACUUGCGUUUGGAGCUAUUACCGUCAUCACUCUAUUAAGUUUAAUAGGAGCCUUCAUGAUACCCAUUCUAAAUAAACCAUUGUACGACUAUGUGUCGGAUUUUUUCCUCGGACUAGCAUUUUCAACUAUGCUUGGAGAUGUGCUGAUUCAUAUCAUGCCUCAGUAUUUAGGUUUACACGUGCAUAGAGAAGGUGAAUCUGAAGAUUCUUUUGAAGUUCCAAAAUACACAAUAAAGCAGCUAACACUAGCUGUAGCUGUGUAUAUAAUUUACCUACUUCAAGCUAUUUUCAAUGGAAUAUUUAAAAAGCCUGGUCAUGGACAUAGCCAUGAAGCAGUGGACAGCAUUGCUCUGAAAAAUGUCAAGUCUACAUCUGACGAAAGUAUGGUUUCCAGCAAUCAAUCAAUCACUGAUGAUAUCGAAAAAGAAAAGAAGGAGCAAAAAACGAAAAAGAUGUUCGAUUCUGCUGAGGUCUUUUGUGGUUUUACUACGAGUGCCCUAGUUAUAAUCGCUGCGGAUACGAUCCAUAAUUUUGUUGAUGGAGCUGCCAUUUCUGUUGCAUUUGCCACGUCAGAAAAAGAUGGUCUACUUAGCAGUGUUGCAGUUCUGUUUCAUGAAAUUCCUCACGAAAUGGCGGAUUUUGUCAUGCUGACACAAGCUGGAUUACCUUUCAAAAAAGCCUUAAUCGUCAAUUUCAUUUCUGGAAUCACGGGAUACGGAGGUAUGAUCAUCGGCGAACUGAUGUCCGAUGAAGCUUGGCGUGUUUGGUUGCAACUUGUCACUGGUGCACUUUUCUUGUAUGUCUCAAUGGGUGAGAUGCUUCCCGAAUUGAAAGCUCCAAUUAAUAAGAAGUGGUUAAAGUUUAUUUUAAAACAGAUCGGAAUCGUCGUCGGUAUUGUUCUGAUGGUCUGCAUCACUAUUUUUGAAAAUUCAAUAUAGAUGAGGAAUCCUUAAAGAUGUCCAUAUACACUAUUCUUGAUAUUUCUUUGACAGUAUUCUGAACAUGUAUAUCUUUUAUCUUUUUACUUAAUAAUAUAUUCACCUUUAUAUAAUUAUUGAAUUUUAUAGCGAUUUUUGCGACUCUGAAGGUUUCCUUUGUAACGGCAGCAUUUACAUAUAUAUAUAUAUAUAUAUUAACUUUAAUACGAAUGUAUAGUAUUCUCGUGAGACCAUGUGUUUUCAUACACAAAUCUAGUUAUUUUUACUAAUUUGUAAAGACAUUUGGACAUUUUUUAAUCUUAAAAGCAUUAUUGUUUUAUUUUUAUUUAUUUUUUUUCAAUUUAUUUAUUUUAUUUUGCGUUUCUUUCCAGAUGGCUUCUUUUUCCGUUUUGAGAACAAUAGCUAUAAAAUUAUUUUAUAAACCAUAUGUUGUGAGACCUCCAGAAAUAUUGAAAGUACAUAAAAAUAAAAGUAAAAAUAUUAACUAUAUGAGAUUAAUCUUAAUAUACUACACAUUUUUCGGACUUUUUCAAAGUAACCUCACCUCUAGAAUUAUUUGUCUUAGUUGUUUGCGUCAAAGAAAAAGAAAAUUAGGUCAGAAGUGGCGCUUUCAAAUAUUCCAAGAAUAUGAAAAUGGUAUCAUUUUAGCAUCAGAUAGUAAUAUUUAUAAGUACAUUUUUGCUAUCGUGUCCAAAUUAAUCGAACCAAGUUGCCAUUUUAAUUUUGCUUCCCGGAUUGUUAGCGCCAUAUGCACAAGAAAAAUAUUUUUAAAAAUAUUUCAAUUCAGCCACCCUGCCGUCAUAGCACAUAAUAAUGCCAACAUUUCCGCAUCUGCUAGUAGCUUAUACAAGUACAUUUUUGCCUGUAUGUCCACACUGUACAUUCCAAAAUUUCAUUUGCAUUUUUUUCAUUUAGAAUCAAAGCGUUAAUAUUAGACAUGACUUUUUUUCGCUUGGUGCUACAUGUGCGACUAUUAUGAUGCAGUUUUCAAACAAAGGAAUAUAUUUCAUAAAAAUUUACAAUAAAAUAUAAGUUAUCUUUUUUGGAAUGUAUUGCAGUUGUAUUGAUUUAAUUGCAACUGCUUAAAUUUGUCAUUUAAUAGUGUCAUUUGGCACGGAUUAUUUUUUCAAAAUCAUGCUUUAAACAUUUUUAUUUCUCUAAAUAAAUAAAUGGCAGAAAUAAAGCUAAUGGUCUCUUUUUCACAAUGUUUUAAAAUUCUUUUAAGGUUUUCGAAGCAAAAUGAAAAUCUCCGUUUGGUUAUAACUAGAAUGCUAUGCGUGCAACUCUUUAUUUUCCCAUUGUUUUUUUAUUUCUUAUUUAUUUAUGUUUUACUUUUUACUUUAUAUUUCUGAAUGAAUCCGUCCAAUAUUUUUAAAUGUAUUCAAGUAUAUUUAUUUAAAAUCAUGUACUUAAAAUUGAUUUUUGGAAUCAAAUUUCAUUAAACAUCUGUGAUAAUAUUUGACUUUGUGAAUUGUUAAUGAUUUUUAUGUGCAGUUCCUAAAAAUAUGAGUUUUUGAUCCAAUAAUUUACUUUUAUGUUUCUUUCCUGUAGCCCAUUUGUGCAUUGUGUUCUUAAUAUCAUCUUAUUUCGUUCAUGCUGAAUUAAAGUUCAAAAUCUAAAUAUUACGUUCAAACGUUCAGUGCCGUUAAUAUUUUUUAAAAGUUAAUUUUAUUUGCUCCAAGAUUUUACUUUGAGCUUCUUGAUAUAUUUCUUAUUUCGUUAGUGUGUAGUAUAAUAAAUUGUUUUGUAUCUUUUUUUAUUCUUGCAAUUUCUUUUACUAAUGUACGUUUAAAAAAGACUCUGAAAGCGCAAAAUAAUUUUGAUCUACUUGCGCACAAAGUCCGUCAAUUAAUUUGUCUCAGUUAGUGUAGCAAACAAUUGUCACUAACCCCUAUACGUUAUUAUGCAUACAUUUUUUAUUUACUAAUUUUUGAGGCCAUGAAUUUUGCAUGAGCAUAAGAAGCAAAAUUAGUUUCAUACACCCUACAAAAGAAUUUUUCCCUUUUUAAAACCUUUAAAUUACUUCUAAACACAUUCUUAAAUAUUCUUUUUUCUCCUGUUUAACUUUAAUCUGUGUAACUUAUUCCUGUAUACUUAAAACUAUUUUUUUAAUUACUAGAUCAAUUUGUAAACUCUUCUUAAUUUGUUACUAUUAAGCAUGUGCGCUCAUACUUUUUUUAAUUUUUUCUACCCCAAAUAACUAAUUAUUUUUCAUAUGGCACGCUAUCAUGCCAAGAAAAUUAUCUUUGAAGUGCAUUGUCUGAGAUAAAAGCUUAUUCUUACCCACACAUAAUUACAUUACGUUUUUGUUAUUAACUACUAGUAUCAAAUUUAGACUAUGUAGAUUUAUUCUUUCAUGUUUUUCUUUCUUUUUUUACAUACUUUUGGGUUGUUUCUUCUUGGAUCUGCAGUUAUGUUUGAAAGUAUUACAUUAGUUGAAUUGGUUGUGGUUCUUUUACCACCGCAACAUUUUAAAUGUCAAAAAAUGUAUUUUUGAAUAAAACUUUUAUCAUGGCUUAUUUUGAAAUAUAGACUUCAGCUGUUCAUAAGAGAAAACCAGAUUCUGAUGGCUUAAGAUUCAUAAGCAUGACCUAAACAUUAAUUAUGUAUCUUUAGGAUACCGAAGCUACCAUAAAAACACUCAUAUCACCUUCGAAACGCUAACAAAGAAAAUGCUCACCUCCCCUGCCUCUCCCUCAUUUGCUUCUUACUAGAAACGUGUUGUAGCCACCUUCUGUUUUUACUGUCAUAGCUUAUAUUUUGAAUAAAAUAUUUUUAAAAAGUAGGAGCAUCAAGAGUAAUUUCAAUGAAAUUAUUAUCAAAACCCUGACUUUUUAUGGCUAAAAUGUGAUUUUUAGCUCUGAAGAGGUAUUAAAACAGCUUAAAAUCACUAGAACACAAAAUUAAUCAACAAUGAAAAAGAGCUCAAAAUUAUCCUCAAAUUACUGGUUCUUCUUUAUAAGCAGCUGUGAAAAAAGGUUUUAAAAGUGUAUUUUAAACCUGAUCUCUUUCUUUACAUUCCAAUAUAUAAGAACUUAUAUAUGUAUUUUUGAAACAAUAAAGGUUUGAGU